CGAAGACACGGUUCAAUGUGUAAAUCUUCCUCAUCUCCAGCAUCUCCACCCUGCAAUUCCAGGGCAUGCCUAAUACAGAUGAAACCGAAAUCCUGCAUCGGUGGCCAUAACUCAGUAAACAGCAACUCAAAGCCAUUCAAGACGCCCAAAGACAAUCUAAUUACCUCCAGUAGCAAGCAGCACAUGCUCUUCUCUUCAAAAGUCUCAAGAGAUAAGCCGUGUGUUCCUGUUCCGGUAGUCAGUCUAGAGAAAAUUCCUCAUCUAGUGAAGGCAGAUGGUGCCAAUGUUAAAAUGAACUCUACGGCCACUACCGCCAUCACCACCACCUCCUCCGCCUCUUCCUCCACCACACCUGCUCCAGUUAAGUCUGCUUUGACAUCCAAAUCGGUGCCGCCGUCGCCCGAAAAGAUUUUGAACGGCAAAGGAGUUAUAGUCCCAUCCCUAGACAAGAAGCACCAAAAUGGCACUAAGAACAGUAGCAAGUCUUACAAGAGAGUCUCGGAAAGAGAGUUUGACCCAAAUAAGCACUGUGGAGUCUUGGACCCCGAAACAAAGAAACCGUGCACGAGGUCACUCACCUGCAAGACGCAUUCUCUCAACUAUCGGCGAGCAGUUUUAGGGCGCAAAAAGCAGUUCGACAUCCUUCUAGCUGAACACAAAGCACGGUCCCGGGACAAAGAAGUGACAAAAGAGAAGGAACACCCGCAACCCGUAAGGGAAACGCAUCAAAGCCAACCCCUAUCAGGACCCGAUGCUCUCACAGGAGCCUCCGUGAACUCUGGGCAAGAACUUAAAGGACCAUCACCUGCCAAAUCUAGACAGCCUAACUCAGUAUUUCCCAGAUCCUCCUCUUCAAAUAGCAUAAACAGCGGCACCUCUUCAAACCACACUAGCGGGAACGUACCGGAAUUGCCCCUUCCGGCGAUGGGAGGAGAAUUGCUCUGCAGAUUAUCCAGCGACGAAGGAGAGCUAGAAGGAUCUGAAGAAGCAGAAAAAUUAGACUGCUCCUAUUCGGAGCACCAUCCUCGGCCGCUUGGGUUCUGUUCAUUUGGAAGUCACUUGAUGGGAAGAGGAUACUACGUAUUUGACAGGAGAUGGGAUCAUUUUCGGCUAGCGCUAAAUUCUAUGGUAGAAAAACACUUAAACUCACAAAUGUGGAAGAAAAUCCCUCCCGCCGUGGAUAGUCCCAUGCCGUCCCCAGCAGCACAUCUCAGCAGCCCCUUCCCGGCCUCCGUUCUUCAACCUUUCAGUAAUCCCACCUCGGCGUACAUUCCCUCCGCGCCCGUCAGCUCCAGAACCCCUCCUUCUUACGUCAUGACGUCCGCCAUGCUCUCCAGCACCCCUUUCGGGACGACGUCGGACACCAGUUCCAUCACGUCCCACGCCACCGCCUUCCCGCACGUGGCCGCCAGUUUGAGCAUUGUAGACUCCACCUUCAAGAUGCCGUCUGCCCUGUCGCCUCUGCCGGCUGUCAUCCCUUCCCCGUCUCACAAGCCAUCCAGAACGAAAACCAGCAAGUCCUCCAAAGUCAGAGACAUCUUGUGCCGCAGCGGCGACGAGUCUUCUAGUAACAGAAAGAAAAAGCUGCCAUCUUCCUCCUCCUCCUCUUCCUCGUUACCUUUCCAGACUUCUUCCUCGUCUUCGUUUUCAGGGGCGCACAGGAAGAACUGUGUCUUGAACCCCAGUCCCACCCUCAAUUCUUACCAGGCCGCCUCUUCCUACAACAGCCUCUCCGUGCACAACGCAAACAACGGAACAAGCCCCUUCAGUGCCAAAUCCGAGCCCUCAGGACGGACUCCGCUCUCGAGUAGCGCGGCGGACUCGGUGAAACACAUGAGCAUCGUCGUGAGCAGUAUUGACCCUUCCGGUUUGUCGGUCCCUUCCCUGGUGCACCCUUUGGCGGACCAUUCCUUCGCCCCGCACAACGCCGUCUCUUCGCUACCCCUUUGUUUUGACAAAUCGGAAGGGAAAAAGCGCAAGAACUCGAGCGCCAGCAGCAAAGCCUGUAAAAUUACUAAAAUGCCUGGAAUGAAUAGUGUUCAUAAAAAGAACACGGCCAAUCUCAUUUCUCCUGUGCCAGAUACGCCAAACAACGCCAUCUCUCGGACGAUUGGAAAAAACAGUGGUAUAGCUCUGUCCCAGUCCAGUCCUUCAAGUACAUCAAAUCUAAUGCACAACAAACAAAAAACAUUAAAUCGGCCUGGGCGGAUAAGGACUCUUCCAUGAUAAGGAGAACAAACCAUCUCUAUAUUUUUUGCAGCCCUUCUCCAAGCCAGCUUAUUGGGUUUCUUGUGUCCUGCAGAU